AUGUCGAACCCGGAACGCGUUGCUCUCAAGAUCGUAGUUCUUGGCAACUCAGGAGCAGGCAAAACAUCUCUGGUAAAUAGAUGGAUUACAGGCUCACACAAUAAAUCAAUUACACCGACAGUUGGCGCAAAUCAUCAGAAAAAGACAAUCGAAAUCGAAAAGAAAAAUGUUGACCUUUUUAUUUGGGAUACAGCCGGCCAAGAGCAAUUCCAAGCCCUUACUCCCCUUUACACACGUUCUGCUGCUUGCGCCAUCAUUUGUGCAUCAAUUACAGAUAAUGACUCGUUCGAGUCCUUAGACUUAUGGAAAGAAUUAGUCAAUAAUUCCUGUGAAACACCGCCUCCAACAAUCUUAGCUGUUAAUAAAAUAGACUUGGCGAGUGAAAAAACACUUUCAAAUGAGGCUAUUGAAGACAAGUUUUCCAACCAAUUUGACGGAUUAUUCUUCACAUCAUCUAUCACAGGCGAAGGUGUUGAAGAAAUGUUUGUUCAAGCUGGUAAAUUAGGAAUGAAUUACACAAACCAAGUUACCGAUAACGAUGCUAAGGGAUUACAAGAUUUAUCUACUUCCAAUAAGAAAUCUCGUUGUUGCUAA